AUGAAAUAUCUCGUUGGUUCAACUGAUACAUCUAAACAGAUGGAUCUCAAGGAGAAGAGCAAAAUCGCUUCUAAGACGAGACGUGAACGCGAGAAUUCCGAGUUCAUGGAGUUGGCUUCUUUGCUGCCGCUCCCGACUCAAGUUAAAGAACAGCUUGAUAAAGCUUCCAUCAUAAGGUUGACCACUUCUUACUUGCGUCUCCGGGAGCUUUACCCUCACGGGAUGAGGAUCAUCCAGCAUCCGGAGAACAAGGAAGGAGGCAGCUCCGAGAUGAUGGAGACCAUCGACGGUUUCGUGUUCGCUUUAGCUCCGGAAGGACUAAUUCUCUACAUUUCGGAAAACGUGAGCAUGCAUUUGGGGAUGGCAGCAAUUGAUAUGACGGGUCAUAGCAUUUACGAUUUCAUCCUCCACGAUGAUCACAACGAGAUGAGGGAUAUGCUCACCGUGAAGCACGACGAUACGGACAUGGGCAGAACCUUUUCGGUACGUAUGAAGUGCACCUUGCCGAAGAGGACGGCCGGAUUAACGCAAAACGGAUACAAAGUUAUCCAUUGCUCCGGCCAUCUCAAGUACAAAGCAAGUUCUCCAACGACUUCGGCCGACAUCGAGUGCUUCGAAAGUUUGGGUCUCAUCGCCAUCGGUAAUCCAUUACUUCCAAACGGAAUACCCGAAAUCAAGAUGGGCCCAAACAUGUUCAUGUUCAGAGCGAGCAUGGAAUUCGACGUCAUCUUCGUUGACGCCAUGGUCCACCGUCUCACUGGACACGAGCCCAAGCAGAUUGUCCAGAACAGCAUCUACCAGUACAUUCACCCAUUGGAUCUUAAAGAUUUCCAAGAGGCACACAAAGAACUCUUAAAGAAAGGACAGGUGAAGACGAAGUUUUAUAGAUUCAAAUGUGUCGACGGCGGCUACGUCUUCAUGCAGAGUCUCGCUGUGAUCGUCACCAAUUCUAGAACGUCUCAGCCCAGAUGCAUCGUUUCGGUCAAUUACAUCAUGAAAGAUUGCCCGAGCCAAUGCCCUGAAAGCCAAAUCGUUACUUAA